GUUGACCUCUUUGACGAGUGAUCUUAAUUUAUGCCAUAAGCAAAUAUUGUUUGAAGGAACGACUGAGCGAAGUGAUAUCGUGGUGUUUUCACAUCUUGGAUAUAUGUUGUGUAAGUUGCGUCCUGUGAAGCCAAUAUGGAAGGAAAUUAACUUGAGCUGAAGACAGGCAAAGGCCCUGAUCAAUUGGUAGCAAGCAUGGCUCGUUCCGCGCCAGUUGUCGAACCAUUCGCUAACAUUUCAGCGCAAGAGUUGCUGAAAAAUACCCCCGGGUUGUUCGGAUGGGUUAGAAAGGAGGAGACUGCAGGAAUACGAUCGAUGGUGAAAGCACUUGACUGGCCCUGGCGUUAUAUGAUCCUCAGUAAAGGAUGUCUGUACUUAUUCAAACAAUCCGAUGACCAAAACUUUUGUGAGGCAGUCCCUCUCAGCAACUUCAGAGUGUGUAAUGCUCCUGAGAAAUCUAAGUACCCGUGGGUUUUCAAACUGAUUCAUACUAAGUCAUGUGACGUCAAGACGUUAGUGUUUGCUGUAGACACAGAUUUUGAUUUAAAGAAAUGGCAAGACGCUAUAGCAAGAGACAUGGAAAAAUAUUGCGGUGAUUCAUCGUGGGCAGACGACGCUGACGGAUACUGUUCUAUUGACGAUGACGUACCAUCCAAACCACCGAGUCGUGUCCAAACAUUCCAACUAAGAGAAAGACCGCCUGCACCUCUUCCGGAUACUAGACGACGUCAUUCUUGUUCAGUUACCUCUACUGAUCUGCGGCAAAAGCCAUUGCCUUCCCUUCCUGAUAUAUCGCAAAAGCCAUUGCCUCCCCCUCCAGGACACGAGAAACCAGAACCUGCAAGAAAACCACCUCCUAAUCUGAAGCCCGCAAUACUGUCUCGCCCACCUGCGAGGGCUACACAACCAAGCCCAGUAACAAUGGGGAGAUUUCCAGGACGUUCAUCAGAUUCAUCUGGUCUCACACCUCAGGGAUAUGAGGACGUAAUUAAUCAACUUCAAAAAGCCAAAGUAAAUCCUACUGAUAUGAGAGGCUCUGCGUCCACUUUACCACCCCCUCCUGUAGCUGGCCCAGCAGCUCUUCGCAAACCAAUAAAGCUCGGAAGAGGUGACCCUGAUGGACAGAGCUUUAAAGUCAAACACAAGGAGGGAGUCCUUCCAUCUUCAGCAUUGCUACUUGACUUAGACAAGACGGAGGUCAAUUCCCUUCUUGAGAACAAAUAUGGCGUUUAUAUUGUUCGUAAUAGCCAAACUGCACAGUCAAGGAUGGCGUUGUCGGUGUGCACUGGUGACCGAAUUCGUCAUUAUGUGAUAUUCCAUGAUCAGAAUCAAGGGUACGCUCUGCAACCUGAAGGGCCAAGAUUUGAUAAACUAGAGGAAAUGAUAGAGCAUUACCACGACUUCAACCUGCCUAAGUGUGACUCAAAACUUACGAGGCCCUUUCGAUCAUGAUCAAUGCACACGACGUGACUGGAGAAGAAUUUUCAAAAUGAAAAAAGAAAACUUACAAGUAAAUCGAGUGCUUGCUAGGAUUGCAAGCAAUGACAAUUCUAGUUUGUGCACUUCUCUUGUAAGAAGGAAGACUGAAGGCGCAGCGCAGCCUUCGAAAUAUUUACUUUAUUGCUGUAACUCGCUUUCUUAUCCAGGUCUUUCAUAAUUAUGGAUCUGCUCCCCUGUCCACGGAGUGGACGACCAAUUAAGUAGACUACAAUAGAGGAGCAUACAGAAAGCCCGUACGCGUGUAGGUUUAGAUUUUUUAGAAAUAUGAUAUAACUGUGAAGCAAUAUUAAUUCAACUCGAGAAAUUUUCAUUUAUCAAGUUUACUAUGUCGUCCAUUCGUUGAGGAACCCUUAUCCGGGUCACUCUGUUUUCAGAUGGGAGUGUCCGCUCAAAGGGCGUUCCCCAUGGGAACUUCGCAUUAUGGGGGUUGUGUUAAGGGCACCCACUUCCACCGCUGUUUUUCGAGUUUAGUUCCUUGGACUUGGCGGCAUCUUGCACAUCAGAAUGGACCACAGCGUAAAUUAAUUCUCAAUUUAAUUUCUUCCUGCGUUUCUUUUCUCCAUCACACAAUGGUCCCCCUAAAUUUUAUGGUCUUGGCUCGAUUUUACAACAACUACCUGCGAUAGACUAAAGGUCUACUUCACUCCAUUUCUGCCUCAUAGUUAUUUUGUGACUGGUCAAGAGAUUAUCACAGUUUUUUAUCUCUUGGCCUAACAUAUUGCUAACAAAGGUUCUGGGACAAGUGACUACGGAAAACAAAUUUUUGCACUCAGUGUAUGAUAACGGACCGUACGAAAUUUUCAAAUAAUAUAUUUUUUCA